CGGCGGCGGCGGCGGCGGCGGCGGAGCCCGCGCCCGGACGCGGCGGGGAAGCGCCGCCCGCGCAGAGGCUGAGCCUGGAGCCGCCGCGCGGAGCCCGCGCCGGGACCCCGGAGCUGGAAGAUGGCGACGGACGGCGCGAGCUGCGAGGCCGGCUUCUUCCGCGGCGCGGAGGACGCGGCGGGGGCGGCGGCGGAGGCGACGAAAAAAGAGUUUGACGUGGACACCCUCAGUAAACCGGAGCUCCUGAUGCUCCUCAGCGUGAUGGAGGGGGAGUUGGAGGCCAGAGACCUCGUCAUUGAGGCCCUGCGGGCUCGCCGGAAAGAGGUGUUUGUCCAGGAACGCUAUGGAAGGUUUAACUUAAAUGACCCGUUCCUGGCGCUGCAGAGGGACUACGAGGCAGGCGCUGGCGACAAAGAGAAGAAGCCGGUCUGUACCAACCCCCUGUCCAUCCUGGAGGCGGUCAUGGGCCACUGCAGGAAAAUGCAGGAAAGGAUGUCCGCGCAGCUGGCUGCUGCCGAGAGCAGACAAAAGAAGCUGGAGAUGGAAAAGCUUCAGCUGCAAGCCCUGGAGCAGGAGCACAAGAGCCUGGCCUCCCGCCUGGAGGAAGAGCGCGGCAAGAACAAGCACGUGGUCCUGAUGCUGGUCAAGGAGUGCAAGCAGCUCUCGGGCAAAGUCAUCGAGGAGGCCCAGAAGCUAGAAGAGGUCACGGCCCGGCUGGACGAGGAGAAGAAGAAGACCGGCGCGCUGGAAGAGGAGCUCUCCGCCGAGAAACGAAGAAGCACGGAAAUGGAAGCCCAGAUGGAGAAGCAGCUCUCCGAGUUUGACACGGAGCGGGAGCAGCUGCGUGCCAAGCUGCACCGAGAAGAAGCACACACCGCUGACCUCAAAGAGGAGAUAGACAAGAUGAAGAAGAUGAUUGAGCAGCUGAAAAGGGGAACUGACAGCAAACCGAGCCUCUCUCUCCCCCGGAAGGCGAAAGAUAGGCAUUGGGACUCUGUAUCUGUGGGAACAGAGGGACCUGUGACACGCUCGGUUGCCUGCCAGACAGACCUGCCGAUGGAAGGCGCUGACCACGCAAAGAAGUUGUCGCUGGCUGUGCCUGGAAAGCCUCCCACGGGGAGCCCCCGCGUUUCUGCCAACGCCAAAGGAAGUGUGUGCAGCAAUGCCACCUCGGUCAGACCGGGUGUGGACAGGCAGGCUUCCCAAGGUGACUUGAUGGGCUCCGCUCUGCCCACUGUCUCAUCUCCGAGUGCAAACAGAAUUGAGGAGAACGGACCCAGCACUGGUUCCACACCAGAUGUAACAAGCAGCACACCCCCGCUUCCCAGUAACGCUGCCCCUCCCACCCCGCAGACACCAGGCUCCGCUCCCCAGAGCUGUUCGCAGGCUCCCAGUCUGCACUCCCCGUGUGCCAACGCGGCCCUGCACCCGAGCCUGAACCCGCGCGUCCAGGCAGCCAGAUUUAGGUUCCAGGGCAAUGCCAAUGACCCGGACCAAAAUGGCAAUACUACCCAGAGCCCUCCGUCGAGAGAUGUCUCUCCUACGAGUCGUGAAAACCUCGUGGCCAAGCAGCUGGCUCGGAACACUGUGACCCAGGCUCUGUCAAGGUUUACAGGCCCUCCGGCGGGAGCACCCCCCAGGCCCGGAGCGCCCCCGGGCGGGGAUGUGGGCACCCAUCCUCCUGUGGGUCGGACCGGCUUAAAGACCCCCGGGGCAGCCCGAGUGGACAGAGGAAACCCUCCUCCUAUCCCUCCGAAAAAGCCAGGGCUCUCCCAGGCUCCUUCCCCACCCCACCCCCAACUCAAGGUUGUCAUGGAUGGCAGCAGGGCCUCCGGUGGUGCCGGGGCCAAAGCGGACACCAAAACUGUGGCUUCGCCUCCUUCCAGUUUGCCGCAAGGGAGCAGGGUCAUACACGAGGAGGCUCUCCCGAAGUCCUCCUCUCCCCAGCUGCCACCCAAACCGUCCAUAGAUUUAACUGUGGCUCCGACAGCUCUGGCCACGUCUCAGGUGGGUGCCUGGCCUGCAGAACCCCCAGGACUGAGCCAGCCUGCAUGUGCAGAGCAUCCCCCUGUCAUCCCCACCGCCACUGCCUUUUGCUCCCCCAUCAACCCUGUUAGUGCCUCAUCCCGUAGAACAGGGGCCCCAGACAGCCUCCUGGUACCAGCAUCAGGCUGGUCACCCUCCCUAACCCCUUUGCUAACGAGUGGUGGUCCUGCCCCCCUGGCUGGCAGGCCCACCCUUCUUCAGCAAGUUGCCGCCCAGGGAAAUGCCACUUUAUUACCAAUGCUGCUUAAUGAAGAAGGACUGGACACUAGUUACUCCUGUGAAGAUGGCCAUUCUGCCUUGUAUUCUGCUGCUAAGAAUGGACAAACAGAUUAUGAGAGAUUGCUGCUGAAUGCAGAAGCCCAAGUCAAUGCUGCUGAUAGAAACGGCUUCACACCCUUGUGUACUGCAGCUGCUCAGGGACAUUUCAAGUGUGUAGAAUUACUAAUUGCAUCUGAUGCUAACAUUAAUCAUGCUGCUGAUGGAGGACAGACCCCUCUAUACCUGGCCUAUGAAAAUGGAAAUAAAGAAUGCAUUAAACUCUUGUUGGAAGCUAGAACUGACUGACGUGUAAAAACCAGAGAUGGCUGGACACCAGUUCAGGCAGCUGUGGACACUGGUCAUGUGGACAGCCUCAAGCUUCUUACGUACCAUAGAGCACCAGCUUAUGGAAAAUCCUUGCAUGAGGAGGAGACCAAGUCAGAUGUGUUGGACUUGGAUGGAGAAGAGAGUCCUAAAGGCACAGCCAAGCCUGUUGUUUCUGCAGACUUCAUUAACCGUGCCGACAGAGAAGGCUGCACUGCUGCCCCUAUUGCUGCUUCAAAGGGUUUUAAGAAUGGCCUAGAAAUUCUGUGUAGGCAUGGCGGGCUUGAGCCAGAAAGGAGAGAUAAGUGUGGUUGGGCUGCACAUGAUGUGGCCACUGAUGACUGCAGGCAUCUGCUGGAGAAUCUGAAUGCUCUUAAAAUACCCUUAAGGAUAUCAGUGGGUGAGAUUCAGCCAGGCAACUAUGGUUCCGAUGACUUUGAAGGUGAAAACACAGAAUGGGCUCUCAGUAUCCGCAAACAGACAUCCUGGGAUGAUUUUUCAAAAGCAGUGAGUCAAGCUCUAACGCAUCAUUUCAGAGCCAUCUCUUCUGAUGAAUGAUGGAGUCUGGAUGAGGUGACGUGCAAUAGCACCAGUCACUCUGGCCUCGGCCUCAGUGCAAGCAGCGUGCGAUCCAUCAUGCUAGGAAAUGUGCCAUGGUCAGUGAGUCAGAGCUUCACCCUGCCCCUGUGGGACUUUAUGAAAAAGAAUAAAGCAGAGCAAGUCACUGUGCUUUUGUCAGGUCCUCAGGAAGGCUGCCUCGGUAGUGUGACAUAAUCUAUGAUCCCUCUCCAGAUGCUGCAGAACUACCUCAGGCUGAGAGGGCCCAGCUCCCCACACUGGGCAGGCAAGAGAUCCGUGGUACCAGCCACCAUGCUGCUUCAGCCUUGGCAUGAACUGAAAAGUCAGGCAACAAUUGUGGGCACCUGGACCAUAAGAAGAGGUUCGUUUUUGGCCAAAAGGUGGAUGUCUAAGCUGUGGAAUGCUGUCAUCGCACCCAGAGUUCGAAAAGCAGUAUUAUCGAGAGCCUCUGUGAAAAGACAACCUGGCCUUGUGCAAACAGCUGCUCAGAAGCCCUUCAGCCGAGGACACACGGUGGUGAAUGCUGCUCUCGGCAUCUUGCUCAAUGAAGCUGUUCUGCACGGCUGUCCCCUCCAGAGAGCAGAGCUACGCCAACAUGCAGUUGAUUUCAAAGGAGGAGGUUUCCCUCUGUUCCUAGUUUCAAGUUACAACAGUUGUAGCAAGAAGAACGGAGAGAGAGGUGCCUGGAGAAAGGUGAGCGCCCGUCCUCACAAGAAGUCUGGCCGAUUCUCUGCAGUCACCUGGCAGAAGCCAGUCCUGAGUGAGAAAGGUAUCAAAAACAUGGCUAGAUCACAGCUGAAUUGUAACAGGAGUGCUUCUCUGUCAAAACAGAAGAGCCCCUAUCCUUUUCCCUCUGUCAACCACCACGCUGCUGUUCUUGUUCAGGAGUCUCAGUUUUACAUCCCACCUUAUGUUUUCCAGAUUGCAGAGUGCAGGGAUGGUGUAAGGAGAUUGGAUAGUCCAGGAAACAACUCUACAUUUUCACCACCUGUGAAUAAUCUGAGAAUGCCAGUGUCACAAAAGGAGGUCAGUCCUCUCAGCAGCCAUCAAACCAUUGAAUGCAGCAACAGUAAAUCAGAGACUGAGUUGGGUGUUUUAAGAGUUAAAUCUUUCCUUCUUGUUCCUAGAAGUAACGUUACACAGUGUUCCCAGAACACCAAAAGAAGCAGCAGCAGCAGUAAUACAAGGCAAAUAGAAAUACACAACAACUCAAAAAACAAGAUUCGGAACUUACACCAAAAUGAACACACAGAAAAACCUAACAAAUAGGCCUGCCUACAAUAUUCUCACUCUUCUGUAAAUUUCAAACAGAAACCAAGGACAACAAGAUGUAAAUACCUUUAAAUGAAUAAAAUAUUUUCAC